ACCCGCCAUUAAGAAAAGAUCCCAAUAAUAUUGCUUUCCUUUUCCUGGGUUUUCAGAAUGGAAAUCGACGGGAAUGUGGUCGCUAAAGCUGGAGGAGUCCAGAGAAGGCUCGGAGGGAGCAGAGCCGUCCUCUUUGUAUUCGCAAUGGAAGGACUGGAGAACAUGGCGUUCGUGGCUAAUGCGGUGAGCCUGUUCACCUACUUCUACGGAUACAUGAACUUCAGCAUCACCAAGUCGGCCACCACGCUGACCAACUUCAUGGGCACCGCCUUCUUGCUCUCCCUCUUCGGCGGCUUCCUCUCCGACACCUACCUCUCCAGAUUCACCACCUGCGUCCUCUUCGGCACCUUCGAGAUUCUGGGAUACGGCCUGCUGACGGUGCAAGCCCGCGUCCACCAGCUCCGCCCGACGCCGUGCAACAGCGCGGCGGCCCUGAGCGGCGGGAGCCAGUGCGAGGCCGCGACCGGAGGCCAGUCGGCCAUGCUGUACAUCGGUCUCUACCUGAUCGCCCUGGGGACGAGCGGCGUGAAGGCGGCGCUGCCGUCGCUGGGUGCGGACCAGUUCGACACCAAAAAGAACCCCAAGGACGCGGGGAAGCUGUCGAGCUUCUUCAACUGGUUCCUGUUCAGCCUGACGGUGGGCGCCAUCGUCGGCGUGACGGUGGUGGUGUGGAUCAGCGCCAACGUCGGGUGGGACUGGGGGUUCGGGCUGUGCGGCGUGGCGGUGCUGUCCGCCGUCGUUUUUGUCUCCAUGGGGAAGUCGCUCUACCGGAUGAAUGCGCCGUCCGGCAGCCCCUUUGUUCGGUUUGCCCAGGUGUUUGUGGCGGCAAUCAGAAACUGGAACGUGCCGACUCCGGCGGCAGAGGAUGAGUUGUACGAAAUUAAAGAGAAAGGGAAAGGAGGAAUUAAUGGUGAAAUCCUACAAAGAACUCAUCAAUUCAGAGGUUUUUGGACAAGGCAGCAACAAUAGUAACAACAACCAACGACCUCGAAAGCCCAACAACGGGCCCAAAACCAUGGAGGCUCUGCACAAUGACCCAGGUCGAAGAGACCAAGAUCCUAAUCCGAAUGCUCCCCAUUAUCCUCAGCACGGUCUUCAUGAACACCUGCCUGGCCCAACUCCAGACCUUCACGAUCCAACAAAGCCAGACCAUGGACCGAAACUUCUUGGGCUUCCAAAUCCCGGGGGCCUCAAUCCCCGUCAUCCCUCUCCUCUUCAUGUUCCUCCUCAUCCCUCUCUACGACCGCGUUUUCGUCCCCCUCGCCCGCCGACUCACCGGCAUCCCCACCGGAAUCCGCCACCUCCAGCGCAUCGGGAUCGGCCUCGUCCUCUCCGCCGUCUCCAUGGCCGUCGCCGGAAUCGUCGAGACCAAGAGGAAGCGCGUGGCGGUCGAGCACGGGAUGGUCGAUUCGGUGGCUCCGCUGCCGUACAGCGUUUUCUGGCUAGGGUUUCAGUACGCCAUCUUCGGGGCCGCCGACAUGUUCACGUUGGUCGGGUUGCUGGAAUUCUUCUAUUCGGAGAGCUCCGCCGGGAUGAAGGCGCUCAGCACGGCAAUCUCGUGGACGUCGCUGGCGUUCGGGUACUUUCUGAGCACGGUGGUGGUGGAGGUGGUGAAUAAGGUCAGCGGCGGGUGGCUGGAGAGCAACAAUUUGAAUCGGGAUAAGUUGAAUUACUUUUACUGGUUGUUGGCGGGGUUGAGCGUUGUGAAUUUGGGGGCGUAUUUGUUGUGCGCGUCGUGGUAUAGGUAUAAGGAGGUGGAGGUUGUUGGGGAGGCGGCAGCGCGUGAAGGGGAUGGGAAUGAGAAGCGAGUGGAGGAGACGGUUGUCGUUUAAGGUGUUAAUUAUUAAUUAAUGGGGGAUUUUUUCUUGAGUCCUCUUGAGGUGGGGGAAAUUUUGGAAUGGUACAUGAAAAAUGAAAUUCUAGCUAGGCUCUGGCUAGGCUCUACCAUUUUGGAUAAUAAAAUGGAAUGUGAUUACUUCGAGUAAAUGGAGUUUUUGGG